AGAAAUGUUUCUCUCAGUUUUACUUACAACCGAUCAUAUUUACUUGACUAAGUGAUUGAAUAGCAGCAAAAUGUCAGCUUUGAUUCGCUUGGCGAUUCUGUUUGGUGUUUUAGCAUUAUGCCAAGCGAGAGGUGUACGUUGGAACGAAUGCAAACCAAAUAACAAAGAAUGUAAUCCGACCGCAUGCCAGAAUACCAAAUGUCGUAAUCACCCUCAAGCGACAUGCAUAAACUUCUGCAGAGGUUGCGUUGCACGAUUUUAUAUAACAUACUACUAUUGGACGCGGGAAGUAACAAAUGAUUGCGAACUUCCUACACCUGAUUCCAGAUGUGCAAAUUACGAGGGAUUGUCGCAUUUAAGAGGUGCAUCUUGUCGUGGACGUCGAUAUGGAAGGCCCUGUAAAUCGAAUGAAGAUUGCAAAAGUGGACAAAUUUGCUGCCCUGCGGGUGCCUGCGGAUUGCUAUGCAGGGAUUUACCUGUGGUGGAUCCCAAUUGCCCACAGCUUAAAGGAAAACGAAAGCGACGAGCCCUCGGCACGUACCAAUGCUUUUCAAAUGCCGACUGCAAAGACGGACUGUGCUGCGAUGGACCAAUAUCACCCUGGACCUUAUGUAUUACCGAGGACUAAAUUUUUGUGUGUAAUUUGAUUUCCAAGUUUUCUGGUAUUGGAAAUAAAUUUGCUGUGGUGUGUACAAAGUUAUGAUAUUGCUUUGAAAUUGUGAUUGUGAUAAGCAUAUGAAUUAUGAGUAGUAGGCAAAUAAUAUAAAUAAACAAAACCAAUAUA